AUGGGCGGCGACUCGCACCUACAAGACCCACUAGCGGUCCUCGGAGCCGACGUAUUCCAUUCUGUCCUCCUCGAGCUUCCAGCUGCAAGCCUCCUCGUCGUUGACCAGGUCUCCAAGAGCUGGCGGGCUUGGAUCCACAACAAUGACCUGCUGUGGCGUAAAGCCUGCCGCAGAGAGCGCGUUGACCUAGUCGAUUACGCGGGCUGGAGGUCACAGAAACCAAGGAUAGGAGGGGACGAUGUCGGGUCUGCCGCAGAGCUGCAGGAUGCCUACCGCUACCACAAUGUGGUGGAGAAGGCAUGGGCCGCAGGCGACGUGCGCGAGUCUACCGUCCUGUCAACUGCUCCGUACGUGGUCAAGAUUGUCGUUGCCGACGAGUCGGAGGAAACCAUGAUCUGUAUGACCAGACGCGAUGAGUUUCUCAUCUACAACCGUUACUCUGGCGAGCUCCUGCAGAGGAUGAAGGGCCUUCCGCCAGAUGGCUACAUGGUGGUAGCUGCUGGCUACUUGGUGGCGACAUGCUCCGAGCAAGACGAAAAGCCUCCCUCUGCGCGCGGCGAAAUCGACUGUCUUGGGUCCGUCGAGAUCUGGCGCACUGCCCGUGCUACGGCAAGAGAUACCCCGGCAGCACCGUUGAGCGACUCAAAGAAACCCUACAGUCUAGUGGGAACGAUCGAUUACCUCGCCAACUGCCAGGCGUCAGAGAUCUUCCUCGAUCAGGCGAAGAGUGACCGCCCCAAGGCCGUGCUGUGCGCGGUGGAGCACACGCUCAUCCAUCUCGUCCACCUGGAAGACGGCAUGAAGCACGAGACGAUCGAAGUUGCUUCGUUGGAUAUGCCCCGCGUCCCAAACCCAGAGGAACGCCGCUUUCGCUUUCCAUCGUCGGUCGCUCUUGACGACGAUUACAUCUACGUCAUCGCAGGCUACUCCUGCACCAUCAUCUCCCGCAAAACCAAAGAGUUUAUCGUCUCCUUCCCCGACGCAAUGCGCAGUCCUGCCUCAGCAGCCAUUGCGUACGGCGACAGGAUCAAGGGAACAACCGUCAGCGGACGUUCAGCGCCAAGCAAGGUGGACAAGAUUCAGAUCCCUCUGUAUGCGGCCGGACAGAACGGGUACCUUUCUGUCAUGCGCCGCAACCAGGCGCCAACACCAGAGAGCCACUGCGUGUUCACUUCUCGUGACAUGGUCUUCGUUGGUCUCCGUGGUAUAGUGUACAUUGUGCGCAACUAUGCCGAGGUCCUCCGCGAGGUCACCAAGCUGGAACCCUUGGAGCGCGAAGCGUACAUGGCAGAUCACACUUUUGCGUUGACACACUUGGAGAGUGUCGUUGAAGAGCUUGCAGUGUGUGCUGAUCGGGUGGCCGUCUUCUGCAAUGAUGAUGGUAUCCUCCUCCUCGACACUAACAACCUCCCCACUCUGCCCUUCCAACCAGCCACCUUGGACGUCGCAGAGGCCCACCCAAACCAAUCCGUGGGCCGUGUUCCAGCGUACUUCUUCCAUUCCAAGGCAAUGUCUCAACCUCUCUUGGCAGUCGACUCGAGUGCGAUGUACUUUGGGUACUGGCCGCGCCCUGAGGUCUCGUCUGGCAGGAUCAGGUCCCUCAAAAUUGACCGAAACGUGCGGACGAAGACACGGCCACAAGUCGCCCUCUUUGAUGCAGACCAGAGAUACGGAGAGCUUAGCGGUGACCCCACAGAUACCGCCUUGACCAUCAUACCAGCUCGGCCAGUCUCGGAGGCCACUGCUCUUUUGGCGCUUGGCCGUCACAUCCCAUGUACCCAGCUCCCCACGCGUCUCAGCCUCAUCCGCUGGAAUCUUGGCGCGCUGGCCGUUACCGCUCUCGUGUUCGCGGCCGCCCCGGCGGCAGCCCACAUGGCCCUGUGGCACCCGUCGAUGUAUGGUUUCAAGGCGGGAGACAGCGACUGGAACGAGGCCGCCAACCCCCUUUACCACCUCCCCUUCAACAGCUGGUGGUUCCACGGCUACGGCAACAGCCCGCCUGAGGACGGCCAGUUCCUCGAGCUGCCUGCCGGUGGUACUUUCCACGCCGAGAUUGCGUGCAACAAACACUUCACCUCGUUUGGCGACCACACUGGCGGCUACACUCGCUACUUCAGGUACGGCUGUGACGCCCGUAACCUCAACGGCGACUGGGUCAACAACCCCAACCAAGGUACCGGCAUGGAGCACAGUACCGACCUGUACCAGAACACGACCAAUGAUGUGCUCGUCGACGUCAGGGGGUCGGCCAUUGCCAUCUCGUACGAGAGCGACUUUUCCAAGCUCAAGCCCGAGGACUUUGUGGUCAUUUCCGUCAACUACCGCUCGCCUUGGUAUCGCCUGACCGACUUUGACAUCCCUGCCGAUCUCCCCGAGUGUCCCGAGGGCGGCUGCCACUGCCUCUGGUCGUGGUUCCACGGCCCCGACGGCGGUGGUGAUGAAAUGCUCCUGAACGGAUACCGCUGCAAAGUCACAGGUGCCACGGGCACCGCCGCGCUUCCCAAGGGCGAGGUCGCUCGCAAGUGCCCCUUCAACAAGAACAACUGCACCAUUGGCGCAAAGGUACCCUUCUACUGGGACCAGGCUGAGCAGAACAACUUCUUCCAGGGAUUCCACGACCCUCCCUUCUACAAUGGUGACUAUGGUUUCAUGGACGGAGCGCAGACCGACCUCUUCCUCCGCCUCGACGAUAACCCAGGCUAUGUCACCGACCUGGCACCAUACCCUCUUCAGACUGCGUCCAUGGGUCUUUCCGUCACCGCAGCGACUGUGACAGGCACUCGUAUUAGCGGCGCCGUCGCCGCUGUGGCCACCUCGACGGGUGUUGCUUCUGUCACGACUGCCGCCACAGCUGUAUCGACACCCACGGAUUCGAACCCUACCGCGAGCGCCGUGGGCAGCAACGACAGCGACCUUGGCACGGAUGCCGCCCCCACUGCAGCUGCUGGUUCCGCUGCAAACGAGGCCGACUCCAGUUCGACCACUGGGGCCACAGAGUCAUCACCACCGGUCACCUCGGGCAAGAAGAAGUGCAAGCGGUCCCGCAACCGUCGUCUUCAUUCAGCCUAG